CUAUGAGAUAACAAGACCAGAAGCAGGAAACAAACCACCUCUCUCCCUUGGAAGUCUUCAUCAGAUGAAGUGAUGAAGUGAUACUUUUGAAACAUGAAAAAGAAUUGGACUAAAUAAAAGUUUUCCUAUUUAAGGAAAAAAAUUCCAAAAUGUACAGACCAGGAGAAACAGUCAAACGUCGACUCAACAUGCACGCUCCUCCACGGAUCAGGAGCGUGGAAGUUGCCCGAGGAAGAGCAGGUUAUGGGUUUACCCUUUCUGGACAAGCUCCUUGUGUGCUCAGUUGUGUGAUGAAAGGAAGCCCUGCAGAUUAUGUUGGGCUUAAAGCAGGAGAUCAGAUAUUUGCAGUUAAUGAAAUCAAUGUGAAAAAAGCCUCUCAUGAAGAUGUAGUGAAACUUAUAGGGAAAUGUUCUGGAGUCCUGCACAUGGUCAUUGCUGAAGGGAUCAGUCACAUGGAUUCAUGUUCAAGUGAUGAAGAAGUUGGUUUUUAUGAUGGGAAAGGGUGGCUGAAACCCAAACCUGACUCUAAAGCACUGGGUAUAAACAGAGCAGAGAAAGUUGUUGAAGAAAUGCAGUCUGGUGGCAUUUUCAACAUGAUCUUUGAGAAUCCUGCUCUUUGUGCUGGUAAUUCAGAUAAUUCUGCACCAAAACAAAGAUCAUUUUCAGUUUCUGCUGCUACGAAAUUUGAAACUGGCAAUGAAAAUGUAAGCAAUCCAAACCUACUGUCAAAGGAAGAAAUAGCCAAAGUUCUGAAUGAUGAUUCAGUUUUUAGAAUUGGACUGGAAGGUGCAGAAGACUUUGGAUUAGAUGCAAGCAUUUUGAAUGUUGCCAUGAUUGUAGGUUAUUUAGGCUCCAUUGAACUGCCUUCAACAACUGCAAAUCUGGAAACUGAGAGUUUGCAGGCCAUUCGUGGGUGUAUGAGACGUCUGCGGGCAGAGCAAAAAAUCCAUUCCCUGGUGAUGAUGAAGAUAAUGCAUGACUGUAUUCAGCUCUGCAGUGACAAAUCAGGUGUUGUGGCAGAAUAUCCUGCAGAGAAACUGGCAUUCAGUGCUGUUUGCCCCGAUGAUAGAAGAUUCUUUGGACUAGUUACAAUGCAGACAAAUGAUGAUGCAAGCUUGGCUCAGGAAGAUGAAGGGGUCCUGAGGACAUCUUGCCAUGUUUUUAUGGUGGAUCCUGAAUUAUUUCAUCAUAAAAUUCACCAGGGUAUAGCAAGACGUUUUGGACUGGAAUGUACAGCAGAUCCAGAUACAAAUGGCUGUCUGGAGUUUCCAACAUCAUCUCUACCUGUGCUGCAGUUUAUUUCUGUCCUGUAUAGGGAUAUGGGGGAACUGAUCGAGGGAAUGCGUGCGAGGGCUUUCCUUGAUGGUGAUGCAGAUGCUCAUCAGAACAAUAGUACAAGCAGUAACAGUGACAGUGGAAUUGGAAAUUUCAACCAAGAAGAAAAGAAUAAUAGAGUUCUGGUGGUUGAUUUAGGGACCAAUCCAAGUAAACACAUUCCUAGCAGCAUUUGGGAAAAUCCAGUAGGAAGGGGACAAAAUCAGCCUGCUUCCCAUUGGAAUGGCUUCUGUCAUGAGCAAGAGGGAAACAUGCCUUUAGAAGUAAUUCAGAAUGAUAAGUCCCAAAAUGUUAGCAAACACUUGAGCCCUUCUGCUCGCAUUGAAGUUCCUUUGGUUUCCUCCCGAAAUUCAGUGCCCCCAUCCAAGAAGAACACUGCAGGCACGGGCAAUCAGAGGUGGCUGCCUGUGCAUGUUUUACAGGAGUGGCAGCAUGGAAAUGCCAGUGACCAGGAGUCCUACACGGACUCCACAGAUGGCUGGUCGAGUGUGAACUGUGGCACCCUUCCCCCUCCAAUGAGUAAGAUUCCAGCUGACAGAUACAGAGUGGAUGGCAGCUUUGGUCAGCCACAGCUCAAAUCCCACAAAAGUGAAUGGUCCAAGAAAAUGUUCUGCAUUCAGAACAAAUUUGGCCCUCCGCACAGUAUCAGGAAAUCUAAAGAAGAUAAAAAGGGUGCAAAAUUUGGACAUUCAAUGGGAUUAAAUCAGGCUCCUCCUCCACGUUCUUCUGCUCGAAGAUCCUUUGGGAGAUCAAAGCGAUUUAGUAUUACUCGCUCUCUGGAUGACCUUGAGUCAGCAACUGUUUCUGAUGGAGAGCUGAAUAGCACUGAAUUGAAGGACUGCAUCAGUGAAAACAGCCUCAGCAGCAAUGCCAGCCUCCCCAGCGUGCAGAGCUGCCGGCGCCUGCGAGAGAGGAGAGUUGCCAGCUGGGCUGUUUCCUUUGAGCGUCUUCUUCAGGAUUCUGUUGGUGUUAAAUAUUUUUCGGAAUUUCUACGGAAAGAAUUUAGCGAAGAAAAUAUUUUAUUUUGGCAGGCAUGUGAAUAUUUUAACCAUGUACCUGCACAUGAUAAAAAAGAGCUUUCUUACAGGGCUCGGGAGAUCUUCAGUAAGUUCUUAUGUAGCAAAGCUACAACCCCAGUUAAUAUUGACAGCCAGGCACAGCUGGCAGAUGAUAUUCUCAAUUCUCCCCAUCCAGGUAUGUUCAAGGAACAGCAACUUCAGAUAUUUAACUUGAUGAAGUUUGAUAGUUAUACUCGCUUCCUCAAAUCCCCCCUUUACCAAGAAUGCAUCUUAGCUGAAGUGGAAGGACGGCCUCUUCCUGAUCCUCAGCGUGUUCCCAGCAGCCCCACUUCUAAACACAGCGUCAGUUCAGAGAAGUCCAACAUAUCAACACCAAAAAAGCUGAGUGGUAAGUCAAAGUCAGGAAGAUCUUUAAAUGAAGAGUCAGGAGAGGAGGACACUGAGAAGAAAAAAAGGGGGACGUUCUUCUCUUGGUCAAGAAGUAAGAGUUUGGGAAAAUCACAGAAGAGAAGAGAAAAUGGUGAUUAUCCAAACGAUUCUUUUCAGUCCAAUGGAUUGUCAUACAGACGGGAAUCACAAGGCUCCAUGUCAUCCACUGCUAGUCUCGACUUGUCUGAAACCUCAAGAUUGCCUGCAUUUGUACCAGAUAAAGACAAGUCCCCCAAGUACUGCUGUGUAAACCUUCCAGAUGGUUCAUCGAGCAAGAUGGCUGUGAAAUCAGGGUUCUCCAUCAAAGAGGUGCUCUCUGGGGUCUGUGAGAAACAUGGCAUCAACAUAGCUGCAGUGGACCUGUUUCUAGUUGGAGGUGAUAAGCCCCUGGUAUUGCACCAGGACAGCAGCAUCCUGGAGUCUCGGGACCUGCGCUUAGAAAAACGCACUUUAUUUCGGCUGGAUCUUGUUCCUAUCAAUCGCUCAGUUGGUCUGAAGGCAAAACCCACCAAACCAGUGACAGAGGUCCUAAGGCCUGUUGUUGCAAAAUAUGGUCUAAAUCUUAAUGAACUUGUGGCAAGACUAAGUGGUGAGCAGGAACCACUUGAUCUUGGUGUCCCUAUAUCUAAUCUGGAUGGUCAACGGGUUGUUCUAGAUGAAAAAGAGCCAUCAAAGGGUAGAGAGAAACAAAGGGGAGUAUUAGUAAAACAGACUGCAACUGUAUCUUCUUCAAGAAGUCAAGGAUCUACUGGAGAGGGAAGAACUCUAGGAAAGUCUAAUUCUAUCAAAAUGAAAGGCGAAAAUGGAAAAAAUGCUAGGGAAGUCCGGCUGUCAAAGAGAGAAGACUCUAUUGCAAAGAUUGGGAAAAAAAAAUGUCAGAAAAUAAAUUUGGAUGAAGCAGAGGAAUUUUUUGAACUCAUAUCCAAAGCACAAAGUAACAGAGCAGAUGACCAACGUGGACUGCUAAGGAAAGAAGACCUUGUUCUUCCUGACUUUCUUCGUUUACCACCCGCUGGACCAGAACCAUCCUCAUCUACUCCCGCAGGUCCUAAAGGCCUCAGCAAGCGAGUUUCAAAAAGUGAUGGCAGUGAUGGAUGUACAUCACCCAGUGGAAAACAGGAGCCCGUGCAAAACUUUAAUGAAAGUUCAGUAAAGAAAAUGGGUUACUCAGAAAACAAACAUAAACCUGCUUUGGCAGCACUCCACAGCCAGAAGACUUUCAGUGUUCCCUUUAGUCCUCCGUUGUCUCCCAUUGCGCACGCGCAGGAGAGCAGUGCCGCGGUGUGGAAAAGGCAGUCGGGAGAGCUGCAGGCUGAAGGCAUUCAGAUGGUAGAUGAUGAGAAUGUGGCAGACUUGACUCUUGUGGCUGAAGGAGAUAUCAGCAGCCCUAACAGCACUUUGCUACCACCGCCACCCCCAACGCCACCGUCAGACAUCAGUAAACUCACGGAAGCCAACUAUCCACCCCCAACUCCUUUUGCAGGUAAUCAGGAAAAAUCUGGAUAUCAAAGAUCCAAUUCAGGUAUUUCUAGAUUUUAAUAGUCUUUCUUUUUGUGUAAAACUACUUUUCCUUGGCACUGUUAAUCAGUAUCUGGCACCCAUUAAAACAACAAAGAAAAUUCUCUCUGCACCUUAAUUUUUUUUUUUAAACCAAAAAAAGAAGGAAAAAUAUUUUAAUUGCCUUAGUCUGUUCUAACUGUAAUACUUCUGGAUGCCUUUAACAAUAUCCUUUUGUUUGGAUUUGGCAUGUAACCAAAAAUGGCCACAUGCAGACAAACCUUUCAAAUACAUUCACGUGCUAUAAUUAUCUCAUUCACCCUCAGAGUACAAAACAGGGUAUCAGCAUUUUGAGCUCCAUAAUACUGUUGUGUUCCAGAUUUUCUGAUCCGUUUCUCAUAAUGAGAUACAUGAUUAGGGUUUGGAAGUUUGUUAACAAAAACCCUAAUUAUGUGUUGAAAAUUGCAGUAUUGUUGAUGAUUAAAAUUUUAAAUGGAUAAGCCUCAACUUGAAAUAUAUUUCAUAAAAUAAAUUUGAUAUUUGUGACUAAGAAUAAAAAUGUUAUUUUUUUUAACCCAUACUUUGCUACACAGAGAAAUAGAUUGCAUCUAUCACACUUUCUCCCAGAAUAUUCACAUAUCAAGAAGCUUUCUAUUAGAUAAUUUUAAAGAAAAUAUGUAACUUUUUUAGGAUGUAAGUUUCAUGGUCUAGCAAUAUCACAGAGCAAUAUUAGCCCAAGGCUGAAGUAUGGAAUUUCUUUAUAAACAUGGACUCUAAUAAUAAUUGCUAUUACCAGAAACAGGAAUUUGAAGACAAUGGGUGUCAUGACAUUGACAUUUUACAGUCAUUGAACUGUGCAUUUUAAUGUAAAAUAUAAGAAGAGGUAUCUAUGUGCUACAUUUAUUUUUGAUGUUUCACAAACAUGGUGCCAUAUUUGUAUGAUCACAUUUCUUUGUGAUGUGGGAAUAUACAUUUUAAUUAUUUAUCUUUUUACACAGAGUAUUUGAUACUGUUCUUUAUCUGUAUGGUUGAUGAUUUGUAAAUACUUCUUUGGUUGUUGGAUGCUUAUAAAUGGCAAUGCAAAUUAUUUCAUCCUCUUGCUAUUUUAAAAGCCAAUUCCUUUAUUAGUAGUAUCUGAGAAAUGUUCUAUAAGCGCUACCACUUAAUUUCUGAAACUGAGUAUUGGACGGACUUGUAACCAGUGCCUAUGAAUAACAGAACCACAAAAUGUACUUCAGACAUAUUGAUGUAUAUAUGCAUAGAUUUGUGUUGGUGUCUUUCUGAUAAUAUGUCAAGUGUACAAUAUAGGUAUCAAUUUGCAUAUUUUUCAGUGAGAACUGUUAAAAAAACCAUUUGCACUUAAAAAAAACUUCACGAAUUUACAAUAUUUUAAUGCAUGCCGUAAGUUUCUGUGUAACCACUGAGCUGUAGCUUUCCCUUUUCCCACUUUCUACUUUUUACUUUGUAGAAAUCUUUGUGUAGUUUUCACAUGUAUUUUGUAUCCUUGUUCUCUCAGGAGUAAUAAAUUCUAGCUCUAGUUACGCAAA